UGUCCGUUUCAAUCCAAAACGAAGCUCAGGAGAGAGAAAGAGAGUUAUAUAGAGAGAGAAAGAGAAAAAACCAAUAUCACUAUGGCGUAGAGAGAGAGAGAGAGAGAGAGAGAAAACAACAACAAACCUCAUCACCACACAGAGUAGUAGAGAGAGAGAGAAAAAAAAAAAGAGAGUCCGUUAGUUAAUUUCAGUUUAUUUAUUUUAUAUUUUUAAAAAGAAGAGAAAAAGCAAUGGUGACAGAGGAAGAAAUAUCUGAAGCGGUUCAGUCUCUGCUGCGGGAAUCAAACCCUAGUAGAUUCACGACGCUAAACCAGGUGGUGGAGGAGCUCCAGGCCAAGCUCGGCCACGACCUCACUCACAAAAUCGAUUUCAUCACCGCGCAGAUCAACCUCCUCUUCGGAUCCCGACAACCGCCGCAAAACCCGCAUAGGCAGUUACAACAGCCUAAGGACCAUUUUGCCCCUCCGCCAAACCCUAAUUUUCACUCUGCCCCUGUCAGUGUUGGCUUUCAGUUGCAGAAUUUCUCUUCUUCUAACGCUGUUGUCGCUGCUGCUACUGCUGCUGAUGCUUCGCGCAUUGAAGCUCCUUCCGCUCCUGUUGUUGUUGAAGGCAACCAGGUUCCCAAGGAAAGUACUCAAACUAAGGUGAAGAGAAGAGGUGGCCCAGGAGGUCUCACCAAAAUCUGUGGUGUUUCGCCUGAACUUCAGGUCAUUGUUGGCCAGCCAGCAUUGUCGAGGACUGAGAUUGUGAAGCAACUGUGGGCUUACAUAAGGAAGAACAAUCUCCAAGAUCCCAGCAACAAAAGGAAAAUAAUUUGCAAUGAUGAACUGCGUGUGGUGUUUGAGACGGAUUGUACUGAUAUGUUCAAGAUGAAUAAGUUGCUAUCUAAGCACAUUAUCCCCCUUGAACCAACCAAAAAGCCUGUUCCAAAGAAACAGAAGGUAGAUGUGGAGUCAGGAACAAGAAGUGCUGAACCUACUCCUUCUGUAAUAAUAUCUGAUGCACUUGCUAACUUUUUCGGCAUUACUGGAAGGGAGAUGCUGCAGUCUGAGGUUCUGAGGCGUAUCUGGGAGUACAUUAAAGUCAACCAGCUAGAGGAUCCUGCGAAUCCUAUGGCUAUAGUGUGUGAUGGGAAGCUUCAGGAGAUCUUUGGCUGUGAAAGCAUUUCGGCAUUGGGGAUACCUGAAGUUCUGGGCCGUCAUCAUAUUUUUAGGAGUUCAUGAUGCUGACAGCAUUCUAUGUGACAGAUUGCAUGGUGUUAAUUCCAGUAUAGUUGGAACUGAUCUUGACCACAUGUUGAUAAGGUUCUGUAACUUGACUGAUAAGAUUUGUGUUCUUAGUUCUUGUUGAUAAGCUAUUAGCAGAGAAUGAAGAUGAUGUAAUAGAGACAACUAUUAGUUUGUUUGGGAGUGGCGAUGUGUUUCUAGGUCCUGCAGUUGUUGUUUGUCUAACUAGGCACUUAGGUUAGAAUGACCUGUGGCUGUGGGUAUUCUGACACCUGUAAAAUUCUGACAAUAGGAAAGAAAAUGAUGUACAAGGUAUCUUCCUUCAAACAUGACUAAUGCUAUUUUAUGUGUAGUUAAUGAAAUGCAGUUUGCCGGAUGUACAUGUAUUAUUUUGGAGAAAACUUGGAUAAUGUUUGUGCUUA